AUGCCUUUUGGAUUAAGAUUUUACACAUUUCUAUGGAUAACGCUUUCAAACUCAUGGCUACCAUUCAUGCCAUUAAAGCCAUCAUCAACGUUCUACUCAACAUCAUCAUCAUCAGCGGCAGCACCAUCAACAUCAUCCUCAUCAAGUGGCAUCUUUUACUAUCACAAUGCCUUGAUGGGGGCUGAGGCACAACCAUCAUCAUUAACCGAGAAAAUUCCAUUAGGUGCCAUCUUUGAGCAGGGUACCGACGAAGUACAAUCCGCCUUUAAAUACGCCAUGCUGAAUCACAAUCUGAAUGUGUCCUCACGUCGCUUUGAAUUGCAGGCUUAUGUGGAUGUUAUUAAUACUGCGGAUGCAUUUAAAUUAUCACGUUUAAUAUGCAAUCAAUUUUCUCGUGGCGUUUAUUCAAUGCUGGGCGCUGUAUCGCCGGAUUCAUUUGAUACAUUGCAUUCCUACAGCAACACUUUUCAAAUGCCAUUUGUGACACCCUGGUUUCCGGAAAAGGUGCUUACACCAUCAUCCGGUUUUCUGGAUUUUGCCAUUAGUAUGCGUCCGGACUAUCAUCAGGCCAUUAUCGAUACAAUACAAUUUUACGGUUGGCGUAAAAUAAUUUAUCUCUAUGAUUCACAUGAUGGUCUUUUGCGGUUGCAGCAAAUCUAUCAAGGCUUAAAGCCCGGAAAUGAAUCAUUUCAAGUUGAGAUGGUAAAGCGCAUUGCCAAUGUUACCAUGGCCAUUGAUUUCCUGCAUACACUGGAGGAUUUGGGUCGUUUUACAAAUAAAUACAUUGUACUUGAUUGCCCAACGGAAAUGGCCAAAGAGAUUCUAAUCCAACAUGUAAGGGACAUUUCAUUGGGACGUCGCACAUACCACUAUUUGCUUAGUGGUCUGGUUAUGGAUGAUCGCUGGGAAAGUGAGAUUAUAGAAUUUGGUGCCAUUAAUAUAACGGGAUUUCGUUUGGUGGACACAAAUCGCCGCUUAGUUAAGGAUUUCUAUGACAGUUGGAAACGUUUAGAUCCUGCUACGUCUAUAGGUGCGGGCAGAGAAUCAAUAUCGGCCCAGGCAGCUCUCAUGUACGAUGCUGUGUUUGUUUUAGUUGAAGCCUUUAACAAAAUUCUACGUAAGAAACCUGAUCAAUUUCGCAACAACAUCAGAAGAGGCCAGACACUGAUUGCGGCAGCCUCUACAUCGGCCAAUGCCACUGGUUUACCAAAUGGUGGUGGCAUGGGCAUGGGUGGGGGUCUCAUGGGUGGCUCGUCCAAUUCCAAUGGUGGCAAUGGCAUGGGUGGCGGUGGUGGCAAUGGCGGUAAUAGUGGCAGCAACAGUGUGCCACGUGCACUAGACUGUAACACAUCCAAGGGUUGGGUAAACCCUUGGGAACAUGGUGAUAAAAUUUCGCGCUAUUUGAGAAAGGUUGAAAUUGAAGGACUUACGGGUGACAUUAAAUUCAACGAUGAUGGCCGACGUGUUAAUUACACACUGCAUGUUGUUGAAAUGACGGUGAACAGUGCCAUGGUUAAGGUGGCCGAAUGGAGUGAUGACCUGGGUCUGCAACCUUUGUCAGCCAAAUACGUAAGACUGAAGCCGCACGCUGAAAUUGAAAAGAAUCGCACAUACAUUGUAACCACUGUCCUGGAAGAGCCCUACAUUAUGUUGAAGCGCCCGAAUGUGGGUGAGACACUGGAGGGCAAUGACCGUUUUGAAGGCUAUUGCAAAGAUUUGGCUGAUUUGUUGGCCAAAAAAUUGGGCAUUAAUUAUGAAAUGCGUUUGGUUAAAGACAAUACUUAUGGCUCUGAAAAUCCAAAAGUUCAUGGUGGUUGGGAUGGCAUGGUUGGUGAACUUGUGCGUCGAGAAGCGGAUAUUGCUAUAGCUGCCAUGACAAUUACUGCUGAACGUGAACGUGUCAUCGAUUUCAGUAAACCAUUUAUGUCACUGGGUAUUUCGAUAAUGAUUAAAAAGCCAGUCAAGCAAACACCAGGCGUUUUCAGUUUCAUGAAUCCUUUAUCGCAAGAAAUUUGGGUCAGCGUGAUAUUCAGCUACAUUGGUGUCAGCAUUGUUUUAUUCUUUGUCUCGAGAUUUUCCCCAUAUGAGUGGCGCAUUGUGCAGUAUCAAACAGAUACCCAUACUCAUCAUGAUCAGCUGUCAAAUCAGCAACCUCCCGGCAUUAUAGGUGGAGUACCGGUGCCAGGACCUAUGACUGCUGUCACGCCUGGUGUUACCGGACCAACAGGUGUCCCUGUGCCGGCCACAUCAGCCGCCGCUGUUAACGAUUUUAGUAUAUUAAACUCAUUUUGGUUUUCACUGGCCGCCUUCAUGCAACAGGGCUGUGAUGUGUCGCCUCGAUCGAUAUCAGGACGUAUUGUGGGAGCGGUUUGGUGGUUCUUUACACUCAUUUUAAUCUCUUCGUAUACAGCCAAUUUGGCUGCUUUUCUCACCGUCGAACGCAUGGUUACACCCAUCAAUUCACCUGAGGAUUUGGCCAUGCAAACAGAGGUACAAUACGGUACUUUAUUGCAUGGUUCAACGUGGGAUUUCUUUAGGAGAUCCCAAAUUGGUUUACACAAUAAAAUGUGGGAGUAUAUGAACUCACGCAAACAUGUCUUUGUUAGUACGUACGAUGAAGGCAUCAGACGUGUUAGAACUUCAAAAGGCAAAUACGCUCUACUUGUGGAAUCACCCAAGAAUGAGUAUGUAAAUGCACGAGAACCCUGCGAUACCAUGAAGGUUGGACGAAAUCUAGAUACCAAAGGCUUUGGUAUUGCCACACCAAUUGGAUCACCACUCAAGGAUCCAAUUAAUUUAGCCGUACUCUCGCUAAAGGAGAAUGGCGAACUGAUAAAAUUGCGCAAUAAAUGGUGGUAUGACAAAACCGAAUGCAACCUCAACAAGGACAAUCAGGAAACUUCACACAAUGAAUUAUCACUGAGCAAUGUAGCUGGCAUUUUUUACAUACUGAUCGGUGGUCUACUGGUGGCAGUCUUUGUGGCCAUUAUAGAAUUUUGCUUUCGCAGUAAAUCGUCGUCAUCGUCGUCGUCAUCUGCAGCCGCCAAAAUAAAUGGUUCGAUGUUAGGUUCCACAUCAUCAUCAACACAUCAAAGAAAUUCACUGUCGGAUGCCAUGCAUUCCAAAGCAAAAUUGACUAUUCAAGCGAGCAGAGAAUAUGAUAAUGGACGUGUUGGGUACUUAAAUUGUGCCUCGUUACAGUACUAUCCUACAGCUCAAUUAAAUGCCGGCACCCCACCCACCGAUGCCGAGACAAUGCACAUGAAUGCCCAUGGUCAAGUUUGACAUGAACAUGCGCAGGAUACACGCCUAUGACGUACACCCUGCGCACCAACAAUACGACGCAUAAUGGCCAACAGUCGACAAGAAACCGAAAAGAUCUUAAGCAAUCACGAACAGUUGGCUGGCAGUCAGAAUAGUACACUGUUGCGUAAUCCAGAUGUAAAUCAUCCCUAUAAUAAAUGAAAUGGAACUGAUUAUCUAACAACAACUCCUAUUUCAACACCAUCUCCUCCCCCUCAAUAUAUAAGUGAAAACCAUUAACAUUAACAUU